CUGCUGGCGCAGCGGCCUCCGGGGGCAGGGUCUGGGGCUGGGCGCGGAGCCGGUCCGACCUGCUUUCCGCCUCCAGGGGGCAGCGGCCAGGGCCCAGUCCCUGGGCUGACCGCUCGGCGCCUCGCCGCUCCUCCUGUCGCCGGUUUAGGCGGGCCGGCCAGCGGGCGGCCGGGCCAGCGUCCGCCAUUCCCGUGUCCCUGCGCCCGCGGGGGCCGCCCGAGCCGGCCACCAUGCCGCUGGGCCUGAAGCCCACCUGCAGCGUCUGCAAGACCACGUCCUCGUCCAUGUGGAAGAAGGGCCCGCAGGGGGAAAUCCUCUGCCACCACUGCACUGGCCGGGGCGGCGCGGGCGGCGGGGGCGCCGGCUCAGGGGCGGCCGGCGGGACGGGGGGCAGCGGCGGCGGCAGCGGCGGCUUCGGCGCGGCGACCUUUGCCAGCACCUCGGCCACCCCUCCACAGAGCAACGGGGGCGGGGGCGGCAAGCAGAGUAAGCAGGAAAUUCACAGGAGGUCUGCUCGGCUCAGAAACACUAAAUACAAAUCUACUCCAGCUGCUGAAAAGAAAGUUUCUACUAAAGGAAAAGGGAGAAGACAUAUUUUUAAAUUAAAAAAUCCCAUCAAAGCUCCAGAGUCAGUGUCCACCAUAAUCACUGCAGAAUCAAUCUUCUACAAGGGAGUAUAUUACCAGAUUGGUGAUGUUGUUUCUGUGAUUGACGAACAAGAUGGAAAGCCGUACUAUGCUCAGAUCCGAGGCUUCAUCCAGGACCAGUACUGUGAGAAGAGUGCGGCCCUGACGUGGCUGAUCCCCACUCUCUCUAGCCCCAGAGACCAGUUUGAUCCCGCAUCCUAUAUCAUAGGGCCAGAGGAAGAUCUUCCAAGGAAGAUGGAAUACUUGGAAUUUGUUUGUCACGCACCUUCUGAGUAUUUCAAGUCACGGUCAUCACCUUUCCCCACAGUUCCCACCAGACCAGAGAAGGGCUACAUAUGGACUCAUGUUGGACCGACUCCUGCAAUAACCAUUAAGGAAACGGUUGCUAAUCACUUGUAAUUAACAAAUUAAAUCUGAAUUUCCAGUUACUUUGUAUUUGUACUAUUAUAGCACAGGCCACAUCACAUACUUCUUUCCAUGAAAUUCUUAAAUGGAAGAAGUUUUUUCCCUACUGUCUAGUAACCAUUAGAUUAUUUAUAACUACUUAGAAAAUUAAAAGGAUUAGACAAGCAUGAAAAAUAUUUUGGAAUUAAAUUUUACAUUCUAUAUGUGUAUGUCUGCUCCAGCAAGACUGUCAUUUCCAGGGAGAUAUUAGGAACAGGUAGUGUCUAUUUCCUCCCAUAAUUUAUUUCUAGGAAGUCAUAAAAUGGAUUGUAUUUUUCUAAGAAAAGAAGAAUAUACUAAUUAAAGUUUGGAUUCCUGACCAAACGCUUAAUCAAAUAAAAUGUUUCUGUGACCAACAGUAUCGAUCAUGAAGCCACACGGCCUCAUUUACUCAUUUAGAAAAUGUUCUGCCAGACUUUUGGCUGCUGUAAGUGUAAGGAAAGUGGUUGAUGAUUUUAUCAGCCUAGGUUUUUAAAAACUUUCAUCUAGUUCUUGUGUCACAAACAGGCAUCCCGACUCUUUCAGGCAGGGCAGCACCUGUAGCUCAAGGAGUAGGGUGCCGGCCCCAUAUACCUGCGGUGGUGGGUUCA